AUGGAAGUUUCACCAGCAGAUUCACCUAUGAAGGACUAUCUCCUAACUCUGAUGGCAAAGUGUGACUUGAAACAAAAAAUAUUUCCAUAUCCACCUGGAUGAGUCUUGAAACUCACUUCCAAACCAGAGUAUGAUAAUUAUGCCAAAUUAGCCACAUAUCUGAAAGAUAGCCUCGGCUUGAUUUGGGAGGAUCAGUACUUGAUAAACAUUGAGCAGUUUCCUAAGAUCUAUUCAGAGUACAUCAACCUUGAAAAUGAAGAAAUAAGUUCAGAAAUCGGCAAAUCCAGACGCCAAAUUGCAAUGGAAAUGGAUACUAUUUUCCCAUUCUCCUGUUGCUCGGAAAUCAGCUUUAAACUUGGCCAAUGGAGCUAUGACAAAAAUGCAGACGAGAAAAAGAAAUAAAAGGAAAAUGAUGAUCGAUGAAAAUACAACGAGCAAAGAUUAUUAUUUCAGAAGAUCAAAGCAUAAGAUUUAUGACGAGGAAACAGGAGAUAUUACCUCCGAAGGAGUCAGAGAAUACGAAAUUGCACAUUAUGAGUACGAUUUUACUCUUGAUUGAGUCCAAUAUGAGUCAAAUAUCCCUCUUCUUGAAUCAAUGUUGCCAACACAAGAAAGCAGAGAGUUAAUUAUAGCAAAACUUGAAGGGAUCUCUGACUUCCUUGAAACUUUACCCUUCAAAUUCAGAGGACUGAAUGUUAGCAUUAUAACUUCAAUAAAGAACUAUUUCUUUGAAUGCAAGCUAAUCGAUCUGGAGUACAUGUAUCCAGACAGCCACGAUUCGACAGUCCAGAAAGGAUGCGAAUCUUUGAUAAAAUUAGUGCAAUCUCUUUCAUAAAGAUUUUGGGAAAUUUCAACUGGAAAAUUCCAAUAA